UUACGCUGCAUUAAGCUUUCGUAUGACUGCCUUACCCAUAGUAAUAGUAUUAAAAAACAGUUAUCUAAAUCUUUCGGCAACACGGCUGAUCCCUGAUGGCAUUUUGAUAGCCAUCAUGCCCUAACCGCUAGUCCGUAUUGUUCGCUUCCGACUACUAUAACCACUUGGUGCAGCUACGGCUUGGUUGCAGCCUAUGUCGACUAUGGACACUGUAGGGAAUUUGAAUGAGAGUUCGAAUAGAUGGAGGGAAGUUCGCGUAACCAAGGCUUCUGUGCACAAACAGACUACUCUCUCCGCCCAUGCUGAGACUGGUCAAGAAGAAACAAGCAUUCCUGUGUUAAAGCAACGACUCUACACUGGCAGAAAGCCAAUCAUAUCGUCCGUUCUGGCCAACACUCCCUGCGCAGACCUUGACACCGAUGGAAUCUUAGAAGAGCUUAACGGGACACUUGGCACGUCAUACUGUGCAGAUACCCUGUUCACACGCGACCCCUCUGUGGAGCCUGGGGAAAAUAUGCACCCGGAUCAAAACUCGGCACACCUACGCUGGAUUCUCGAACCCUACAUCGUCCGUAAUGACGACUUUGGCACCGCCUUCGCCCAUUUACGCCGGCAUUGGUUUGAUAUCGCACACAUGGAAAGCAACUUACGCACCCGAGAAGAGGCGGACUGCAUCAUGCGACGAAAUGCACUCGUCAAUGGCAGGAUCACCAGGGGGAAUGUACCCCCUCGGCGCGUCUGGGAUCUAUUUGCCAAUCGUGUCGUACCAUACUGGGUCGCGGAAAAGGAUAUGAUGGGUAUAGACAAGCCUACACGGGGUAAACCUGGACGCCCGUGGGGUAUAUCACAUGCGUGGAUGUCUGACGAAGAGCGCGUUGAUGUGUGGACACCUAUAAAUGGAUACGAGUGGCCUGUAUCUAUUCCAAAGGACGCCAACCUUAAUCUCAUCCGGAUAGAAAUGCUGAACCUUGGAGCAGAGUAUGCGUGGCUGGAUGUUUUGUGUUUAAGGCAGGCGGGUGGGCAAGGAGAGCAUUUGCGCGCCGAGGAGUGGAAGCUAGACGUGCCCACCAUUGGGUGGGUGUAUCGCGACACGUCUGUGACGUGCUAUUUCAGCGGACUGGGUCGACCUCUUAGUUUGAAACCAGGCGACCUUGAGAGUGAACGCUGUUGGUUCAAUCGAGCAUGGACGCUGCAGGAGACCAGCGAUGAUUCAAUUAUUGGUGGGGAGACUGACGAUAAUCGCUUCAUGGAAGAGGAGAUACGAACGAAAUUCCACGGACAACUGGCGUCAUUGCAACUAAUGCGGAGAGAUAAUUCAGUAGUAGACGUCCUGUCGCAGAUGCAGGGACGAGUCUCGACAAAUCCCAUGGAUAGAGUAGUGGGCUUGGUAUACCUUCUCGACUCACGGUAUAUGCCGAUAUAUGACGCGUUGCAGCCGCAAGAAGACGCCUGGGUAGGACUCGUGGAUGCCAUGGCGUAUUGGUCGCGGACCGACUUGCUCUUCCUCUACCCUGAGCCCGGGAACAGAAAGAAGUAUUGGAGACCAUCAUGGGAGCAGACAAUGAAAAAGACGAAUCUUCGGUCUUGUAGUGGGUUAGGCUGGUUAUCGAAAGUUGGUCGGACGGAGGAGACAGAUACCGACUGGUUUGAGGGUCCCUCUAUCGACCCUGGAGACGUGCGAGGACUUGCCUACGCGUCCGAUGAAGGGGAAUCUCGACAGGGAGAAUUGAUCGUCAAAGAUCACAAUGGAACACCCCACAGGUUCGGUAUCCUCGCAGACCAUCAAUACCCAAUACCCGAUGCCUUGUAUACACUCAUAGGUGCUCGAGGAUGGUCGAACGAGACAUUUUGGGCUGUUGGUAAGCCAAGGCAGGAUGGGAAAUUUGAAAAAGUGUCAGUGGUCACGGUCCAGUACUUUCAGACACUUUCUUUACUCGGCAUUGUGAAAUGGGAAGGUCAGAUGGUUCUAUGUUGAAAUAUUUGAGCGGUGACAUUUCUAUUAUCGGAGUUCCGGUUCACAAUUACAUUGUCAUCUGGUUUAACCCGUUUUACCAGUCUGAAAGAUACUGAUUACCUAUUCACAUAUAGACUAACGUAUUUCCAUCAUGAUUGAAGGUGUUUGAAUAUAGCCGAUAGCCAUAAGACAGAUACGCUCGACCCCUUCUAUGGUCGCGGUGGACAGGUCUGAGGUUACCUGUAGUAAUUCUACUUGUACGGCACCUCGAAGCCCCGCCAAGGUCACGUUCACGCACCUGCCAUCUGUUCCUGCUUUUUGAGUCUGGAAGACUGCUUAUCACUGCAAUGUUCAUAUGUUCAUUAUUUUACUUCCCUUUCUGGAUCUUAAUUUUGUAGUCUGUACUAGGUAAACCAUGUUAUCAUGUACGUAUUUUUGUGCUAAUGUUGCUCUACAG